GGUCCAUCGCGCUCCGCCCCCUCCCCGCCGGCUCCCGGCGCUCCGAGCCCGGGCCUGGGGACUCCGGAUCCCGCCGCCGGGGCCGCAGCAUGGGGCGCUUUCGCGGGGGCCUGCGGUGCAUCAAGUACCUGCUGCUCGGCUUCAACCUGCUCUUCUGGCUGGCAGGGUCUGCGGUCAUUGCUUUUGGACUAUGGUUUCGGUUUGGAGGCUCCAUGAAGGAUUUCUCCUCGGAGGACAAGUCCCCAGAGUACUUCUACAUGGGGCUGUAUGUGCUGGUUGGAGCAGGGGCCCUGAUGAUGGCCGUGGGCUUCUUCGGGUGCUGUGGGGCCACGAGGGAGUCGCAGUGUGUUCUUGGAUCUUUUUUUAUCUGCCUAUUGGUGAUAUUUGCUGCUGAAAUAACCACUGGAGUAUUUGCUUUCAUAGGCAAGGAUGUAGCAAUACGACAUGUUCAGACCAUGUAUGAAGAAGCUUAUAAUGAUUACCUUAGAGACAAGGAAAAGGGAAAUGGGACUCUCAUCACCUUCCACUCAACGUUUCAGUGCUGUGGAAAAGAAAGCCCUGAACAGGUCCAACCCACCUGUCCAAAGGAGCUCCUAGGACACAAGAAUUGCAUUGACGAAAUUGAGAGCAUAAUCAGUGUUAAGCUCCAGCUCAUCGGAAUUGUCGGUAUUGGAAUCGCAGGUCUCACGAUCUUUGGCAUGGUAUUCAGCAUGGUCCUUUGCUGUGCGAUACGAAAUUCACGAGAUGUGAUAUGAAGCUACUUCUACAUGAAAAGUGUAAUCUAGAAUAUACAAAUGUCACAGGGGCUGUCUCCUGGCUCAUUUUUAAUAUUCAAAGGACAUUAGGAUCUAAAAUAAUUUGCUGUUAACUGUACAUUUGCACAUGUAUGUGUGUUUGGCUCAAGACUGGUUUGCACCUUUAAUGAAUGCCUAUGUAUGCUGACUGAGAGCAUGUUCAUGUGUGAUCUGUGUGUUUCUGGUAUAUGGAUAAUGAAAUCUGGUUGCUGGGAAUUCCUGAAUCUUGGUAUGUGAGCAUAUUUAACUCUAAGAAAAAGAUCAAAAAGCUUUGAAAAAAGAAACUUGGUUGUUUAGAAGAAAAAUGAUAGUAGGUCAGUUUCUCAGACUCUAGCCAUAGGAAGUAAGAUAUAGAGAAUUCAGGGAUUUCUAACUUAUGGAAGCAAUAAGCCACAGAAAUUGAGAGAUCAUGGUGCAAUGGUAAAAACGACUGUGUUUGGGUUAGGUGUAAGGGUUUCCUGGGAUUUAUUUUUAUAUAUGUAAUCUCUCCAGAAUUUAGGAUUAAAUACACCUGUAAAACUAAAUAUAGCAUGGAAAAUCUAAUUUGAAUAGGUCAUACUUUCCUAGUAUUAAAAAAAAAAACCUCACUCUGGAAAGAGUGUCACACAGACAAUCACAUGCUCUAUAAAACUGAGUGUUUUCAGGACUAAAAGGAAAACCUUUUAACAACUUUUUAAGGAAAUAUUUUUGUUCUUAUAUAAAGACAUUUAAAUAUUGCUUUAUAA